GGUCAAAAGCAGAGGAAGGAGGCUGAAUCACACUCCAGAAAGGCAUUUUGAGCUGAUAGAAAGAUCGAGAGGUAAAGGAAAAGGGUACUUUAAUCGAAGUCAAGAAGAAAUCAUCAACAAUUCUCUGUUGAGAGACAAUAAGAAGCUGGAUACAAAUUCCAAGCUUAAUUUAAAUGUCACUAAUUUUGUGUAUCUCUUGGUUAAUCAGUAGUAAACCAGGAAGCUACAGAAAAUCAAUCCGAAAGCUGAAGGAAGAUUCAUUUUUGUCACUUAAGCAAAGGCUUGAAAUCUUAAAAUAAUCUGCGCGGGUAUAUAUUGGUCUUAUUUUAGCCCUGUAAUAUCUUCAAGUCAAGAGCAGAAGCCUUUAAAAUCCUCAAAAUUACCAAAGACUCAGCCAAGAAUGUCAUAUUUUGUACAUAGAAGGAAGUCAAGAGUAUCUUAUUUACCUCCGUUCACUACUAAAAUAUCGGAGGAUGUCUUGCAGAAAGAUGGCUCUGAAAGAAGGAGCAAAGAUAUAAAGUACGAUUUCAAGAAAGUUUAUGGUCAAUUUGCUAAAAAAAUCAGGUAAAGCAAAGAAAAACUCAGACAAGCUAGACUGGAAUAAUUGUGAAGCUACUUUGAGGCUGAAUGCGCCUAAAUGUAACCAGCCACUUGAAAUUAGUCAGAAGAAAGAGAUGGAUGUAAUCAGUGAUAGGUCUCGAACUCCUCAGAUACCUAGUGCAUUCCAGAGGCUUCAAACUCAAGUAAGCACGACUCGUGCUGGCCUGAACAACCUUGAUAUUGAGAUAAAUCAAUCUAAACGUCUGCUUCGGAAGAUGACUAAGAGGUAUGGACCUUCAAAGAGCCAAUUUCGCAGCCAAAGAGUAUUGCUUCCUAAGAAGAGAACUACUGGAAGCCAAAUCUUCAAAAAUUUAUUAACUAAAUUUGCUUACAAAGUUGAUUCUAACCGUCUCAAAGUCCAAAUCAGGCAGAAAUCUUUGCUCAUCAACAACAAGAUUCAUCAUCUGAAUAAGAGAAUUUCGGAGGCAAAUGGUCACAAAGCCCUAACAAUCAGGGAAUGAGCCAGGAAACAAGCCACAUUCUGUCAAAACAAUGACUUACGACAAGAGAUCACAGGCUGCUUAGGAGUCGUUCAAGAAUAUCUUAAGAACCUCAGAAUCGCUCAAGAGAAAUCUGAGGCAUUUUGGAACCUGUGAAAGCAAUCUCUUGAUAACUAUAUGAAGCUUGAUCAAAAGCAGAGAGGUUGUUCAAGAAUAGCUCCUUGUCGAUCUUCACGAACUAACAAAUACAAGAGCCUUCAGGUCACAUGUAAGGAGAUUCAGCUGUCGAAUUAUCCUAACCAAGAAGCUACAUUCAUCAAGCAGAUCAAUGGAGUGCUGUGAGCAGUGCAUGGAAUGGUCAAGAAUUCCAAGAUUUAUUAUAUAAUCUCCCCAGUAGGCUUUGGCGAAAAGAAACAGUUCCUUGAGGUACAAAGAACUGGCGAUAUUAACCAUAUUGACCUUGAACAGGAGAUUGACAAGCACUUUGUGUGGUUCGGAGGAGACGACACCACGCCAAUGAGCAAGUGUGACGGAAGGAGGUACAUCAGUGUGUCCUCAUUUUAAGCAUCAGGACAGACCUCUUUUCCUAAAUACCUUUGAUUUCAGAGUUCUGAAGGAUCUCUUAACCCAAGUA